AUGGAGGACGUUAUUGAACAAUCUCUUAUUUCCCUCCACUUGCCUGCGGACAAGCAUACGCCUCUUGAAGCAUCAGCAGAAGAGCGUUCUGAACCAGUGAAAGUUUGUCCUCACUUAAAAAAGAGUGUAAAAUUACCUUCCAUCAAAAGCAAUGCUCGUGUUCUUCGUGAUCCAAGUAAGACACUGUGUGUCACUUGUUCAAAAGAAGGUUCUCGUGCAGUAAACUACGAAGACCUGAUGCUAUGUACAUUUUGCGGAUAUUUGUUUUGUGCGGACAAUGAGAAGCAACAUGUGCAAGCUCACAUGAAGAAAAACAACAAACACUGUGUAGCAAUGAACCUUGUCACUCGGGAGACUUAUUGUUCCCAAUGCGAGAUGGAGGUGAAAUGUGCCGACAAACGCAACCUUGUCUUACGGGAUGUUGCCCAAUUUAUCCAAAGCAAUAUCACCAGUGAUGUGGGAGCAAAAACCGUGGUUUUGGCACCAAAGUCGGUCAAAAAGAAGAAAAAGAAAGCACUAUCCAAAAUGACAAUCAGUGUUCCAAAGCCUAAUCAAUGCUUGCACGUUCUUCAUCCGGGUUUACAAAACCUUGGUGCAACUUGCUACUUUAACUCAGUCAUGCAGGUCUUGACGAGUAGCGAGUACAUUCAUGAUGCAUUUAGCCAACACCCUUUCCGGCCGCCUACCAUUUCUGGAGCAAGUUUAAUGGAGGACUGCGGCUCGUCUAUGCUGCACACGUUCGUCAACUUUUUACAAGUUUUUUAUCACGCAAAUGGGUCCAUCCCCUCCUAUAGACCAUCAUGCAUGUUUAGCGAAAUUCAACGGAGGCAUCCCCAUUUUACCGAAAGUGUCCAGCAGGACGCACAUGAGCUUUUUCGGGUCUUACUGGACGAAUUGAUUCAAGAAGAGUUGAAAGAAAACAAGCGUCGGCUUGAAGAACGGACACAGGCUCAACCUUCACUUGGCGUAAAGACGCAAGGCGCUUUAUCCACUCAAUUGCAAAAGACACGGCCUGAGUGCUCUUUAGACACACUUGCUCCUCCAGUAGCGUCUCCUUUCAAGACGAAUGAACAGUGUCAACACACUUUUACAUUCUUUGAUGCCCCAACAACGCCAAUUGAUGUAGACUGUGUCACACAACGCCCAGUAGAGCUUCCUCCUGUCACAGACUCUACAGUACCUAGUGAGCAGACGACCGUACUUGGUUCCUUGUUUUCCGGAAACAUAGUCAGUGUUGUUAUGUGCAGUUGCUGCCAUAAUAUCACGAGGAUACGCGAGCCGAUUUACGAUUUAUCGCUUCCUAUAAUGCACGAUCCUCCUCAUAUCCGACGCAGAGACCGCUUUCAGCAGGCACUGAAGCGUGGUUUCUCUUUUGGAAGCAAAAGAUCGAAAAACAUGCCCAAGAUUAUUGUUAACCCAGUGGAAGAGGAGUCGUCGUUAUUACCCAGUUUUCCCGUGCCUAACAGCUCUUCUUCCGCUCUCGAAUUUGAUUCUCCUUUCGGUGAGAGUUUAGAUACACAGUCUUCUCUUCGUCUGUGCUCGCCAAAUUCACAACCGGGUUUUCUUUCUGAAGAUUCCUUGCCGUCAAUGGACAGUAGUUUCCGUGGAUCCACGCCUACCUCUGAACGACACUUGUCUUCUUCAUUGAUGCAGACAUUUACAGACAAAACGGUUUUGUAUGUCGAGCCAAAAAGUGUGCAUGAGUGUUUAGAGAAUUUUGUGCAUACGGAAAAACUGGAAGGCGACAAUAUGUUCGCGUGUGAAGAAUGCUAUAAGCUCAGUAAACAUCGGUGUCGUUCACCAAGCGAACAUGAGCAUGAGUUGUCUUCGCCAGAUGAUUCCGUCAGUGAGAAACAGCCGUACGUGUUUCGUAAGGCGUAUAAAAAAAUUAUGCUGGAUGUUCCUCUUUCACGUAUUCUCGUACUUCAUUUGAAGCGUUUUACUCACAAGGCUUCACACAAUGGCAAGGUUGUUUCGAAGAAACUUACACAGCCGAUUGAGUUUACGCCGAUUUUGGAUAUGAAUGAUUUUGUUUUGCCUGAACAUCAGGAGCCCAAUGGAAUCAUGUACAGGUUAACAGGUAUCAUUGUACACGCAGGUACGUUAGAUUCUGGCCACUAUACUUGUUAUGUACUGUCGCACAAGUGUGUAACUCGGCAAACUGUUGAUGAACCUGAACUGAAAAAGGAUGAACCCGGAAUGGAAGAACGGCAGUGGCUUUACAUUAGUGAUUCCACUGUCAAGCUUGUUACGUGGGAAGAAGUCAGUCGAGCGGAAGCUUAUAUGUUGUUUUACGAACGCCUUUAA